GUGAGAAGAAAAAUGACCUAAUCACCAUCCAGCCUUUGUGGCCAAGGACAGGAGCAGGAGUAGGGCUGCCAGGAGGAUGGCGUUGCCUGGAAGCUUACAAAGGCAACCUGCAAACAGAGGCCUUGUGUCCCAUUUUACCCACCAUCAUAUUGUUGUGUUCCUGCUCACCUUCUUCAGUUAUUCCCUGCUCCAUGCUUCCAGAAAGACGUUCAGUAAUGUCAAAGUCAGCAUCUCCAGCCAAUGGACUCCCUCCUGCCUGAACAGCACGGCCCCUGAGCUCAGGCCCUAUGAGCUCUGGAAUAGCAGCCAUUUAUUUCCUAAUGCAGAAGAAGCAACUCUCUUCUUGGGGACAUUGGACACUAUCUUCUUGUUUUCCUAUGCUGUGGGUCUCUUUGUCAGCGGCAUAGUUGGGGAUCGCCUGAAUUUACGCUGGGUUUUGUCUUUUGGCAUGUGUUCCUCUGCUCUAGUGGUAUUCUUCUUUGGCACGCUCACAGAAUGGCUGCAUUUCUACAACAAGUGGUUCUACUGCUGUCUCUGGGUUGUGAAUGGCUUGCUGCAGUCCACUGGCUGGCCCUGUGUGGUUGCUGUCAUGGGCAAUUGGUUUGGAAAAGCUGGGAGAGGUUUUGUGUUUGGACUCUGGAGUGCCUGUGCAUCUGUGGGAAAUAUCCUUGGGGCAUUCCUUGCCUCCUGUGUUCUCAAGUAUGGCUAUGAGUAUGCUUUCUUGGUGACUGCCUCAGUACAGUUUGCUGGAGGAGUUGUUGUCUUCUUUGGGCUCCUGACUUCACCAAAGGAAGUGGGCCUCCCUGAGCUUGGAGCGGAUGAUGACAGCAGUGUGGAGGAAGAUGCCAACAGACCUCUAAUGGGCAGUGAUGAUGCAGAAGAUGAUGACCAGAAUUACUCUGUUCAAACAACUGAUGCUGACAACCAGCCAAAGGCCAUUGGCUUUUUCCAGGCUUGUUGCCUUCCGGGUGUAGUACUGUACUCUUUAGCCUAUGCCUGCUUGAAACUGGUGAAUUACUCCUUUUUCUUCUGGCUGCCCUUCUACCUCAGCAACAACUUUGGAUGGAAAGAAGCAGAAGCUGACCAGCUCUCGAUCUGGUAUGAUGUGGGAGGAAUCAUAGGUGGGACUAUCCAGGGCUUGAUUUCUGAUGUGCUUCAGAAGAGAGCCCCCGUGCUAGCAAUUAGCCUGCUCUUUGCUGUAGGCUCUCUUUUUGGAUACAGCCGUUCUCCAAACAGCAAACCUAUUAAUGCUGUGAUCAUGGCAAUUACAGGAUUUUUCAUCGGAGGCCCUUCUAACAUGAUCAGUUCUGCAAUUUCUGCUGACCUGGGGCGGCAGGAUCUGGUGAGAGGCAGCAGUGAGGCUCUGGCAACAGUCACGGGAAUUGUGGAUGGAACUGGCAGUAUUGGUGCUGCAGUGGGCCAGUAUCUAGUGUCUUUGAUCCAGGAGAACCUGGGAUGGAUGUGGGUUUUCUAUUUCUUUAUUUUAAUGACGAGUUCAACAGUCCUGUUCAUUUCACCAUUAAUAGCGAGGGAGAUCAGAUUGCUUCUGCAUGAGCGGCGCCUGCGAACGCUGGCUGAGUGACUCCUGCUUGCCUCUGGAAGGACAGUUGUACACACCUGACAGCUGGGACACUAAGAAAAACUCUGGGAGGCUUGUUUCUUCAUCCAGGUUUGGACUAAU